UGUGCCUCACACCAUUUCGUGCGCGCGAACGCGACACACGUAUCGCAUAUCGUAUGUUCCGUGAGUGCCAGUGGACACGUGCCGUGGCGUUAUUAUUUCCGUGUCUUUACAACCGCCAAGAUUCGGGUUAAGAACCGUGAGCCGGUCCCGGCGUAUGCCAUGGCAGACGCCGACCGUGACUCUGAUCUAGGAGACGAUAGCCCAGUGCAUAUUUUACAGUCAGCCCGGUCGGAGGGAGAGUCGUCCGGUGAGCAAUCCUGCGAGAGCUCGGACGAAGGUGUAGGCAGAGACGCCCCCAGCAUCCAACAACACCCACAACACCAGCCCAUGCCUCAUCCGCACCAGCACAACUUGACACACCACGCGAUGAAUCAUCAGCAAAUAAAUCUCAACCAUCAGCUUCAGCGGAAUUCACCGAGACCCAUGGAGAGAGAGGUGAUCAAGGUCCGGGACGACUUCGAAUCUCUGAAGACAUCACUACACCCACACCUCUCUUCUCUCGCAUCUCUGGCUCAAGGCGCCCCCCUUUCGACACCUAGCGUGUUCGCCAUGGCAGGUGGAGGUCCAGGGGGAUUCUAUGCUCCCCCGGCGUUCCUCGCCCCAGCGCCCCCUCCACCGGCUCCGCCGGCAGGGUCUGCCUCGUCCUCCUCUUCCGAGGGCAGCGCCGCAGGGUGGAGCUUUGAAGAGCAAUACAAGCAGGUCCGUCAGCUUUAUGAGAUCAGUGACGAUCCGCAGAGGAAGGAGUUCUUAGAUGACCUGUUCUCCUUCAUGCAAAAAAGAGGAACGCCUAUCAACAGAUUACCGAUAAUGGCGAAGUCUGUGCUGGAUCUGUAUGAAUUGUACAACUUGGUGAUAGCUCGUGGUGGAUUGGUGGAGGUGAUCAACAAGAAACUCUGGCAGGAGAUCAUCAAGGGACUUCGGCUGCCAUCGUCUAUCACUUCGGCUGCAUUUACACUGAGAACACAAUAUAUGAAGUAUUUAUACGACUAUGAGUGCGAGAAGAAAAACCUGUCAACCCGCAGUGAGCUGGACGCAGCCAUCGAGGGCAACAAGCGGGAGGGGCGCCGUGCCUCUGGACAGUACGACGCACAGGCAGCACUCUCUAUGUAUUUCCAGCCCCCCCUGAACCGUGGAGUCCCGGCGUCCCUCGCGCAGCUGUCCCAGCACAUGCAGCCCCUUUCCCUGUCGCUGGGGGGCACUGUGCCCCGUCUGCCCCCUCUGCCUCCACACGCACCUCACAUCUCGCAGCACGACAUCGAGUACCGAGUCCGCGAGUACAUGAAGAUGAUACAGCAGCAACGCGAGCUUAUCAGAAAUGGUUCUGAAUCACCGCCGGGUGCGCCGAUGAUGUCUCCCCGCGACGCGUUGUCCGCCAUCGACGUGUCGCGUCUCACUCUGUGGUCUCUGUACAACAACAACAACAACAGCCCGCAACCGGACAUCGAACCGCAACGCAUUCCGCAUUUCAGAGAGGCGUUAAACCUGAGCGAGAGCCCGAACUCCAGUAACGGCGGCAUAAAACGCGAGGCCUGCCGCUCCCCCCCUCCGCCGGCCAAACGCCGCACCCCUCGGCCCCCCUCUCCCGCGCCCCGCUCGCCCCCCGACACCAAGCCCAUCGCGCACCUCAACGGCAACUCCGGCCUCAACAACGGCGUCAGUGGCGCCGCCUUCAAGAUCUCCACUCGGGGUGACGCAAGCACAGGUGAUCAAAAACUCGUCGUAUCCAUAGAGCUCAACGGUGUGACAUACGAAGGUGUGCUCUUCCCCUCACAAAACGGAAACGGGCAAAACCACCGACAAAUGGUUUCUUAAACUCUCAUCACAAUAUUAGGAUUAAUUUACACUUCGCGUCCCUCGCAAGCAAAUAAUUGCCAGUACAAAAAUUACGCAAGGGACAUCAUCUGUGUAAUCUCGCAUCCGAUAUUAUCUGUGUCACUCGAAUUGACGCUAAAAAGCGCGGGAAAAUCACUCCAGAUAAAUCGUUUGUCUAUUACACAGACAGUAUUAACUAACGUAGAUUUUUCUUAAUUUAGAUUUGGUCAAUUGAGUUUUAUGCUUAUAUAAUUUCGGGACUAAAAGUGUCAGUUCUUUGCAAACGUUCACAGUUAUCACUGCCCAGAGAUCGCCUGUAUAAAAACAUUAUUAAAUUUAUUGGAAAAUGACAAUUGUACAUAGUCAAUUGUGUUUAUUUAUGUCCGUUGAGUGAUAACGAAGUGCUCGGUUUUUAUAUUUUAUGUAAAUGUUGUAUAUAGGUCGCGUAAGCUGAAUGUUUGUGAUUGUAGGUACCUUAGAUGUACAUUUCAUUGAAUCGAUAUCAGUAUUGUGUUAGUUAGUAAUUAUUUAUAAUGCGUUUCCCGUCAAAAUAAGACCGCAAUUUGUGUUGAAACGCUGUUCGGUAAACGAGAUGAUCUGUGUGUGUCUCGAAUGAAUUAUGAAACUCAUUACGUAAAGUUAAAAUUUCCAUUUAUUUUUCCAAGUGAAAGGCACAAGAAAAAUACAAUUUAAUUAUCGUUUUAAUGUCUAAUUAUAAUACGGCAUGCUAUAAUGUCCUUAGCACUACUUAUUUGAAUAUGAUGGCAGGUGUUGCCUGUGUAAUUCUACGCCAUUUUCUAGAAUAGUGUAGAAUAUUAAUUUAGAGUAAUAAUAUGUAAUAAUCAAAAUUAAUUCGAUUAUUCUCGAAGAUUAUCGAUCGCAAUCAAUCGACUCCAAUGUUUGAUAAAAAAAUGCGCUCCGUGCAAUAAGCGAUAUCCAAAAUACAAAAAAAAGAAAUAUAUGAAAAGAUUAGGCAUAGUCAUAGUAUAGUAUUGUAAAAUAUGAGAUGCUUGUAAAUGACUGAUUUAAUAAUUUAAUUCUUAAUUGUUAUAUUAUUCGAUAAUUAAUGUUUCUAUUAUAUUGCUAUGUAGUAGUGUAGUACAUUCCGUAUGUACAAGUAUUUGUAAGAGCAUAAUAAUAUUGCUGGCCUACAUAUGCAGGUAAUCAGCUAAUUUUACGAUUUUCGUGUUACACCAAAAAAUUUGAUGUAUUCAAAUUAUAAUUACUAUGAGAAA